AGUGGGCCUGGCUCGCGCGUUUGGUUGUGUAGGUAAGCCUUGGAUGAGAUUUUACUUCAGAGUAGUUUGUUUGGACUGGACUGAAUUUCACCACACCUCGUUUUUUGGACAACUUCAUCCACAGAGGUUACAUCAUUCACAGUCGACUGGAUAACUUACUUGUAUGGAAUAGUUUUGGAACAAACUCCUUUUUUUCUCUCUCCAUGGAUGGCAUGGCUUUUGAAGAAACGUGAUUUUUCAUAGGCGUUUGCAAACUUGUGGGAAAUACCAAGCGAAGUUACUGUUUUAGAGAAGUUUCUUUCCAAAGAUGGAUCAGCAGGCAGCUGGAGGGGAGGACCCAAAUAAACCCUCCAAAAAGAAAUCCAGUGAGGAUGAGAGCAAAAACAAAAAACUGAACAUACACAUAAAAACAUUGGCUGAUGACAUGCGGGACAGAAUCACCAGUUUUCGAAAGCAAGGCAUGAAGAAGGAGAAGCCUCUUAUCCAGCACCCCACAGACCCCAUCUCCACCCAGACUGAGCUGCCUGUGCCCCAGCCGCUCUUCGACGAGCGCUCCAUGAACCUGUCAGAGAAGGAGAUCGUCGACUUGUUUGAGAAGAUGAUGGAGGACAUGAACUUAAACGAAGAGCGCAAGGCCCCCCUUCGAGGGAAGGACCUGAGCACCAAACGAGAGAUGGUAGUCCAGUACAUUUCUGCCACAGCCAAAUCUAUAACUGGGAGCAAAGUUGCGGGUGGACUGAGAAACAGCAAGCAUGAGUGUACGCUCUCGUCACAGGAGUACGUGCACGAGCUGCGCUCAGGAAUCUCCGAAGACAAACUGCUCAACUGCCUAGAAUCCCUGCGUGUGUCCUUGACCAGCAACCCCGUCAGCUGGGUGAAUAACUUUGGCCAUGAGGGUCUCGGACUGCUUUUGGAUGCACUGGAGAGGCUACUUGACAAGAAACAGCAAGAGAACAUUGACAAGAAGAACCAGCAUAAACUCAUUCAGUGCCUCAAGGCCUUCAUGAACAACAAGUAUGGCCUCCAAAGGAUCCUGGGGGACGAAAGGAGUCUCCUUCUCCUCGCAAGAGCUAUCGAUCCCAAGCAGACUAAUAUGAUGACUGAGAUUGUCAAGAUUCUGUCAGCUGUUUGUAUCAUCGGGGAAGAGAACAUUCUGGAUAAGAUCCUGGCAGCUAUGACCAUUGCAGCAGAGAGGAAUAAUAAGGAGAGGUUUGCUCCGAUAGUGGAAGGGCUGGAGAACCACGAAGCCCAGCAGCUGCAGGUGGCCUGUAUGCAGCUGAUCAAUGCCCUCGUUACCUCCCCGGAUGAUUUAGACUUCAGGAUACACUUACGAAAUGAGUUUCUGCGCUGCGGCCUCAAAAAGAUCCUACCAGAGCUGAAGGAGACGGAGGAGCUCGACAUUCAGCUGAAGGUGUUUAAUGAAAAUAAGGAGGAAGACUCCAUCGAGCUGUCUCACCGACUAGAUGACAUCCGUGCAGAGAUGGAUGAUAUGGGUGAGGUGUACCAUCUCCUGUCCAACAUGGUGAAAGACACAGGAUCAGAGCCUUACUUCCUCUCCAUCCUCCAGCACCUGCUGCUCAUCAGGAAUGAUUAUUAUAUCAGGCCUCAGUAUUACAAGGUGAUCGAGGAGUGUGUGUCCCAGAUCGUCCUCCACCGCAGUGGCAUGGACCCUGAUUUCGCCUACAGGGAGAGACUGGAUGUAGACUUCAGUCAUCUCAUCGAUCAGUGUGUGGAUAAAGCCAAAGUAGACGAGAGCGAGCAGAGAGCGGCUGAAUUCUCCAAAAAGUUCGAUGAGGAGUUCAGCGCACGACAGGAGGCGCAGGCUGAGCUGCAGAAGCAGGAGGAGAAAAUCAAAGCGUUUGAGUCACAGAUCAACACCCUGCAGGCCCAGUUGACUAGUGAGCGAGACAAGCUAAAAGAAGCUGAGAAAAGCAUCAGCGAAAGAAACAGCAAGAUUGCGGCAGGACCUAAAGCAGCCGGUGCUGGUCCUCCAGCACCUCCACCACCACCAGGUGGCAUUGCACCUCCUCCACCUCCACCUCCUCCCCCUCCAAGCGGAGGUGCACCACCUCCUCCUCCACCACCUCCUUUUGCUGCAAGUUUGGGACCUCCGCCGCCUCCACCACCACCUGGGUGUGGACCUCCACCUCCGCCUCCGCCACCUGGAGGAGGCCCACCUCCACCUCCGGGUAUGCCUUUGGCACCACCUCCACUUGUUGUCCAGCUGCCUUACGGACUGGCACCCAAGAAGACCUACAAACCUGAUUCUGUUAUGAAGCGAGUGAACUGGUCCAAGAUAGUGCCUCAGGAGAUGGCGGAAAAUUGCUUUUGGCUCAAAGUCAAAGAGGAGCGGUUUGAGAAUACGGACAUGUUCGGCGAGCUUUCACUGUCCUUCUCUUCCAAAUCCAGAGUGAAAAAGGACGUGGAAGAAACAGAUGACAGGAUGACACAAUUCAAGAAAAAAGCGAAGGAGCUGCGGAUUCUGGAUGCCAAGACAGCUCAGAAUCUGUCAAUUUUCCUGGGAUCAUUCCGGCUGCCCUAUGAAGAGAUUCGGGAUAUCGUGCUGCAGGUGGAUGAGGAGAGGCUAAGUGAACCGCUAAUCCAGAACCUGAUCAAAAACCUUCCUGAGCAGAAAGAGCUGAGCAAUCUGGCCGAGCUGAAGAACGAAUAUGAGGAGCUUUGUGAAUCUGAGCAGUUUGGAAUUGUGAUGAGCUCAGUCAAGAUGCUGCGUCCUCGGCUAAACGGGAUCCUGUUCAAGCUGACUUUUGAGGAGCAGGUGAACAACAUCCGGCCAGACAUAAUGAAUGUGACGUUUGCUUGCGAGGAGGUAAAGAAGAGCGAAGGUUUCCACAUGCUCUUAGAGAUGGUGCUACUGGUCGGAAAUUACAUGAACUCUGGCUCCAGAAACGCUCAGACAUUCGGAUUCAACAUCAGCUUCCUCUGCAAGCUUCGUGACACAAAGUCUACAGACCAGAACACAACCCUUCUGCAUUUCCUGGCCGAGAAAUGUGAAGAAAAAUAUCCUGAGAUGCUGAAGUUCCCAGAUGAACUUGAGCAUAUUGAAAGUGCCAGCAAAGUCUCUGCCCAGACCCUGAAAGCCAGUCUAGACACAAUGGAGCGGCAUAUUCAGAGGCUGGAGAACGACAUCCAGAACUUCCCCAAGACUGAUGACAAGCAGGAUAAGUUUGUUGAAAAAAUGUCGGGCUUCUCCAAGCAUUCGCGAGAGCAGUAUGAGAAGCUCUCCACCAUGCACAAGAAUAUGCAGAAGCUCUACGAGAACCUGGGGAGCUACUUCGCCUUCGACCCGCACACCGUCAGCAUCGAGGACUUCUUCGGAGACCUGGCUAACUUCCGCAACCUCUUCAUGGAUGCUGUGCGGGAGAACCACAAGAAGAGGGAAAUGGAGGAGAAGAUCAAGAGAGCCAAGAUAGCAAAGGAGAAAGCUGAGCGCGAGAAAGUCGAGAGACAGCAGAAGAAGAAACAGCUGAUUGACAUGAACAAAGAAGGUGAUGAGACAGGUGUGAUGGACAGCCUGAUGGAGGCCUUGCAGUCUGGAGCCGCUUUCCGUGACCGCAGGAAACGAACCCCACGCAACGGUGAUCAAAGUCCAUCCUGUUCUGCACCUAGGUGGCCGGGUGCUAACCAUGACAACCGUCGCACUGGUUUGGAAAGAUCCCGUUCGCGCCACAAUGCAAACCCUAUGGUCCGAUGAUCGCUUGCCGGCUAAGGACAUUCGCCAAGUGCCAAAGACCCAAGAGUGGGGACAACAACGAGGAGGGCUGAACCGGGAUGAGACGGAGCCCUCAGCUUUCACAUACAUACACACAUGAACACAGAACGCAGAACAAAACCUCAAGAUGUGCAUCACAGACACUUCAUUGCAGGAUCCUUCUGAAGCCUUAUAUACUAGAUCGUGCAAUGGGCCUGUUUAAUUAUGCUGCGUUUGUUUGGUAUUUUCAGUUACGUCAGCUUUGUUUAUAUCUCACGACGCUGACUUCCCUGAUUUGGCUCACUAUUUCCCAACAAUCAAUGAUUGGCUAUGGUUUGAUCUCUCACUAUUGGAUGCACGAACAUACUCUUGUUGACAAAAGGCCACCAGAAAGGACUGCGCGAUUCUGUAUGCAUAUCAGCAGAGGGACUUUAUUUGAAGAAAACCAUGACUUGACUGAAACUGCCUGCCCCUUUUGCUUUCCGACAGAUCAAAUUUAGAUCUCCAAUCCGUAAUUCCCGCCAUCAGCCGUAUAACCUCUGAUCACUGCCUCUCUUCAUAUAUUACAAAUCCUAUGUAUGUAGCGACAUGAAAAAGCUGCUGAUAUUAGCUUCAGUGUGUACACAUUUGUGCUGUGUAAGACCUGCCAGUGCCACAAGGUACCUUAGGUGGUUGAAAGAUAUUGCUCUUUAUCUACGGUAAACACUUCAAACAUUCACAGAUGUUUCUCUAGCAGAGUCAAAGGUUUUAUUAAGUGAAUCUGCAGGUAUGCGAAUCAAAGAGAUGCCAUUCAUUUCAGUUUUCAAAUGUGUCACGGCUUUUCUUCGUGAUUUCCUUCCAAGUCACUGUGCUUUUAGCUUUUAGCCCUCUUGUAGAAGAGCAUUUUAGUGAACUGUAGCUUAGGGGUUUUUAUGAGGGGUUUUCUUCAAAUUCCAAUGGUCAACUUUAAGAGCUCUCUCUUUCUGACCGAAUGCAUUUGCUUCGCCAUCCGUGCUUUCACAAAGAGGAGUAUUUAUCAGAUUCAGUACUCAAAGUUCACAUUUCACAGUUUGCAGAAUAUGAAUUUAUUCUCAGUUUGCCAGAUUUAGCCUGAAGCUUUUGAUAUGUGAACAUUAACCAGAUUCCAGUGAGGAGUCGUACAGUAGUGGAAAGUGACACAACGUUCACAACAUGGUGGCUGUCUUCAUGUGAAAACCAUUAGUGAAAUUUUCCCCGCCACCUCCCUUCUCUCAUGCUUGUUGAGGAGUCGUUUUUCGUAAUGUCUUCGACCCCCCAUGUCC